GGGAAAAGAAAGAUUCGAUCUUUGCGAGCUUUAUUUCGACGGGAAUAUGCAAUUCACGGGCAAUCCUAAGCGAAGAAAAAGUAAAAUUACAAAAUUAGAAGACGCAGAAAAUGUUGGCAAGUAUGUACACGGUCUGCAGAUGUACAAGGUUCCGCCAACAGACAACAUCACGCUGGAAGAGUUCGAGGAGUUCGCAAUCGACCGAUUGAAAGUUCUGAGAGAAGUUGAAACAUUUGGUAUACGCUACAAAAGAAGUUCAGAAGAAUAUGACACUGCUAUGAAGGAAAGCUUGAAAAAAUUCUUACCACAGGCACAAAAAGCUCAUAAGAAUCGUGAGGAUGAAAUCAACAUCACUGAAAGACGAAAAGACCACAUCUCCCAUUUUAUCCUACGCCUUGCAUAUUGUAGAUCGGAAGAUCUCCGGCGUUGGUUUUUGUCUCAAGAAGUUGAGUUAUUCAGAUUUCGUCUCACAGAAGUGGCUAAAAUUGACUCAAAGGAAGUGGAUGAUUUUCUUGAAGCCAAUGGCUUGGACUACAAACCAAUUGACCCUGCAGAAAGAGAAGAAAAGGAGUCAGAGCUGAUGGAUGCCGGCUUCAACCUCUCCCAUCUUAAAGUUGUGGCUACUGACUAUUUCAAAGUUCCCUUUGUUGAAGCUCUUGAUCUAGUAAGAUCAAGAAAGGUUUAUCUGGAAAAUGGUUUUGCAUAUGUCCCUAGAGAUGAUCUUGUAUCCCUGGUAGCUAAUGAAUUUCGUAUGCAAUUGUCUCGGGCGCUUGCAAUGACUGCCAGGGCUUUGCCUUACCUAGAGGAAGAUGAGAGGCUGCUACCAAAGUUGACAAACCUCAGUCGACAGUAUGUUGGACAGGACUACAGUCACAAAAAAACAGCAGCAGGAAAAGUUACCUUGGAUCAGAUAGAUAGUUUGUCAAGAAGCUCCUUUCCUUUGUGUAUGCGUCAGCUUCAUACAGCACUGAAAGAAAAUCACCACUUGAAGCACGGUGGCCGUCUUCAGUAUGGUCUGUUCCUUAAGGGUAUUGGUCUCAGCCUGGAAGAAGCACUUAUCUUCUGGAGAGCAGAGUUCACAAAACUUAUGGAUGUGGACAAGUUUGACAAGCAGUAUGCAUACAACAUUCGUCACAACUACGGAAAGGAAGGCAAAAGAGCAGACUACACGCCAUACAGCUGUAUGAAGAUCAUCAUGUCAAAUGCCCCUGGUCCUGGCGAUCAUCAUGGGUGCCCAUUUAGACACACUGAUGCUGAUCUACUGCGCCAACGCUUAGCAGCUUACAGAGUACCCAAGAAGGGUAUUGACGAGAUAAUGGAGUUUGUGAAAGAGUCCCAUUACCAGCUGGCCUGUACAAGAUACUAUGAGCUGACACAUGGGGUAACAGCCAGUUCUGCUGUUCAUCAUCCCAACCAAUACUUUGAUGAGAGUCAUCAGUCACUACAGGAUAGACAGGGUGGGGCAUCGCGGCUAGGAAGUGCUGCUCACAGUGGACUUGAUCAUGGGAAAGUUACUGUAAAGAAUGAGAUCAACAGUAGCACAAAUGUCCCUCAAACUGACACAGACAAUGACCUGGGAGACAUUCAAAUGGAUGAUGAUGACGACAUUCUCGGAGAAAUAGAAAAAAUGGACACAAUGGCAUAGCUUGUGGAUGAAUCUUGUUCAUAUUUUAAAUAACAAACUAAUGGCACAUUUGGACAUUGUAACUUAACUGUAGCAAGAGAAGGAGUUGAUACUAUCUAUUAGAGUUACAUGGCCCAGUUAGCUGAGAUUUACUCUGUGCUAAAAAUAAUGAGGACAGGAGACGUAACAUACACUGAAUUAUUUUAUUUUUGUAACAACUAUAUCAGUGCUCUUACAAAUUUGCUGUACAGAAUAUUACAAUCUACUUUAUAAUGCAUUUUGUUGUUGCAUCUAGGUCUAAUGUAAAUUAACGUUUUUACAAACAUUUAUUUUUAAGUAUUUGUUUAAAUAAUAAAUAUCUAACAGCACAUAACGUAUAUCUCCUUGAACAAAAAAAGGCAAUCUAAUACCUUUUUUGCAUGUACAAACUUUCAUAGAUUGCUUUGUUUUGAUUUCAAAUUAGCAUUUACUUGUAAUCAUCAAACAAUUCUAUUUCUAAAUGUAUUUCUGUCAAUAAUUGGGCAAAACAACUGAAAUUCCUAAUUCCCACCACAGAUAGGUGCUACAAAGACGAUUCAAGUGACCUUCAGUAUUUCUCACACUUGGAAUGAUUUUUGCAAACUAAGUUAAAGGUUAUUUUGAUAUGAUUAAUCUUAUCUUUCACUUCACAAUCACAUUAAAACAAAAGCAAUUUAA